AUGGCGACAACGGCGGGAUUCCCUGGCGGGCGUCCGGCCCUUGCCACCGGCCCGAGAAAGUCGAAUGCUUCGAAUCUGACCUGCUCAAGAGGAGCUGUGCGCUGCGCCGCCAAUCUGCGAGGUACCCUCCCCGAGGGCCUUCCCAGCCUGGGCCUGGGCACGAUCGCCUGGGGCGACGAGGGCUACGGCUUCAACACAGCCUACCGGGAGAAGGACCUGCGGGAGGCCUUCGAGGCCGCGGUGACGCGCGGGGUGGCGCUGUUCGACACCGCGGAGGUGUACGGCUACAAGUCGGGGAAGGUGGGCCAGAGCGCCGAGCACCUGCUGGGGCUGUUCGCCAAGGAUGCGGAGGCGGGGGGGCAGGCCGGCGCCUUCGUGGGCUCCAAGGUGUUCACAAUACCAUGGACCAAUAUGCUGAUGGGGGGGGGCUUCCGCACGGGUCGCAAGCAGCUUGUGGAGGCGUGCAAGGCGAGCGUGGAGAGAAUGGGGGGCCGGCGGCUGGACCUGUGGUCGAUCCACUUCCCGUUUCCGACCUUCGGCCAGGGGACGCUGAUGGACGCGCUGGAGGAGGCGAUGGACUUGGGGCUGACCAAUGCGGUGGGCGUCAGCAACUACAACCUGGCGCAGAUGGAGGAGGCGCACGGUUUGCUGGAGAGGAGGGGGAUCCAGUUGGCGACCAACCAGGUCAAGUACAGCGUUUUGUCCCGGGAGCCGGAGACGUCCGGCCUGCUGGACCGCGCGAGGGAGCUGGGCGUCCGGGUCGUCGCGUACAGCCCUCUGGACGGGGGCAGACUGGCCAGGCGAGGCGGGGGGGAUGCCAAGAUCGCGGAGUUGCUCAAGCUGAUGGAGUUCAUCGGGGUGGCCAACGGCGGGCGCAGCGCGGCGCAGGUGGCGCUGAGCUACCUGGUGGCCAGGGGGGCGACGCCCAUCCCGGGCGUCAAGACGGCGGGCCAGGUGGAGGCGCACGCUGGCGCGGUGGGCUGGGGCCCGCUGGACGAGAACGAGGUAGGCGUCAUCUCGGAGAAGGUCGAGUACUUGGGGCUCUGA